UGCAAAACAGAUAGCCUACUAUUAGCUACUGAAACAGUACGUCUGAACCGAACUGGUUAUUUUGAAAACUGUGCUAAUUGAGAGCGGGGAAACCGAGGACUUGUAUGAGGGCAAUCUGGCGAAAGAUGAAACCUCAAGACAUCAUCGCUGUUAAAUCCAGCCUGUGGAUCUUCGGUUACGGGUCGUUGGUUUGGAAACCAGACUUCAAGUACAAGAGGAGCAAGAUCGGAUAUAUUAAGGGGUACAAGAGACGCUUCUGGCACGGGGACAAUUUUCAUCGUGGAGAUGAUGAGAUGCCCGGAAGAGUGGUGACGCUCAUCGAGAAGGAUAACGCGUGCACCUGGGGUGUUGCCUUCGAAGUGACUGGCUCUCAGGUCGAGGAGUCUCUCAGAUAUCUGAAUGUAAGGGAGGCGGUAAGAGGCGGCUACCUGACCCGGCUCGUAGAGUUCUUCCCGCAGGGCAUGAACCAGUCACCUGUCCAAGCUCUGGUUUACAUUGCCACACCUGACAACCCUAUCUACCUGGGGCCUGCCAGUACAGAGAAAAUUGCGGCUCAGAUCGCUGUGUGCAAAGGGAAGUCGGGCCCCAACAUUGAGUACCUGCUUCGCCUGGCGGAGUUCAUGAGAGUCAGCUGCCCUGAUGUGGACGACCCUCACCUGUUCUCCAUUGAGGCAGCUGUUCUCGCCACCAUGAGACCCAUUUUGUUUGCAGGCUAGACACCUGUAUCUUCUGUAAAACAUUAAAUAGGUCAACAUUUAGUCCAAACACUAUUAAGGUCCUUGCAUUAAGUUAAUGUUGCCGUCCUUGAGGUGUGAUUGUGAUUUAGUGGCUAUUCAAAUAUUUAAUUCUCCCUAUACCAAGCUAUUAAUCUUUACUGUACUACAGUAAAGAUACUGUAUUAAGGGAAAAUGGUAUUUUAGGCUUUCUGUUGUUAUUCUAUAGUGUGACAUCAUGCAUACUGUCAGUUCUCAUUGGUGCUGUAGUACAAAUGCAUGCUUGUGUGAUAAUGUAUUGCCAAAGUUUGUCCAGUUCUAAAGCUGUUUGCAUUUUUGUUUUGGAUAUGUGGGGAUGAAACCUCAAUACACUUUUAAUUUGCACUAAAGCAGAAUACUGUUAAGCCAUUAAAAUGGUUUUCCUUUUGUAAAUAAAAACCUUGAGAGAACCUGUAA